AUGGCCGCAAAGGCAGAGCUUGUGGAUGUCGAUUUUGUCUUUUCCGAGCCCCAAGAGAUUGAUUUCCAUGGCCUCAAGUCGCUCCUCCGACAAACCUUUGGUGACGACGCAGAUAACCUGCCUCUCUCCGAGCUGGCCAGCACUGUGAUCGAUCAAAGCUAUAUUGGGUCCUGCGUCAAGGUCGAGGGGGAACUUGACCCUUACGCAGUGAUGUCAGUCCUAAACCUCUCAGCACCGAAGGACCGAGAGAGUAUCUCGUCAAUUCGAGCCUAUCUUCUCCAAAAGGCCAAGAAAAACGCGGAGAUGCAGCGCAAACUGGCAGCGCUUCUGGAAUCCAGCGAUCAUCACAUUGGGCUCUUGAUCAACGAGCGUCUCAUCAAUAUGCCUCACCAAGUUGUCCCAGCAAUGCUCAAAAUGUUGCUCCAAGAAGUUGACAAGGCCAUUCAAGAGAGCAAACCGUUCAAAUUCGAGUACUACAUCAUGAUAUCCAAAACGUACAAAGAGGUAGAGUCGCAGCUGGAACAAGAUAGCGAUGGCGAGGACAAAGUCGAGUCGCAGGAAGCAUCGAAGAAAAAUAAAAAGCAAAGGCUGGUCACGGUUUACUACUUUCAGCAGGAGGAUGAGCUGAUUGAGGAGUUCGCCGACUUCAGCUACGACUACAAGUUUUCCAAAGAGGGCUCGUCCUCUGAUUCCAAGAGAGCCUUUCAGGAAUACGGCAUCGAUCCGUCCAGAAGAGUCUUUGUCAUCCACCGCUCUAAACUGCCCGAGAUAUUGAAGAGAUUCGAGAAAGUUCUCUCUGCUUAA